AAACACUUAAAUUAAACAAAGUAAUACACUUGAAAUAAUUUUUAGAUUUCGUCAAAAGUGAAAAGAACUUGCCAGUCACGAAUAAUAAUAUUAUACUUUGAGGUAAUAGUAUUUCCUAAGAUUUCGCUAAACAUCCUCACUGUUAAAGUUUCGCCAUGAUUGAGCUAAAUAAUGGUAUUUGCUCACAUCUAGCGUGAAAACCCGUGAUGUAGCGAUAAACGCGCAUGUCGGACAUCGCGAUGUAUUGCUGCGACGCGAAACGAAGCGAAGCGAAGCGCACGAGCUAAGGCGUCCAAUGACUGGCGUCCAACCUUAUGGCGCACGACGCGCGAAGCCGCAAGACUGGCCUGGAUGCCUUUUUUUCGUAGUGUACCGUUAUCGUAGAAUAACUUAGGUUCUGUGAUCUCGUAGUUGGUGUGUAUAUCGACGACGCGUCGAUUUCACUUGGCCAGUCGGGGGAGCGGGUCAUCGCGUUUCGACUAUGCGCGCUUCUCUUCUCUUCUCUUCUUUUAGUCUCUCAAGACACGGCGCGCGUUGCGACGUGGUGGAAAAAAGGCCAGCCCUCGCAUUCUCGUGGAGAGCCGAGAGCCUCUGGCCGCUCGUUUCGAUUUUCCUCAGUUCUGUUCAGCGAACGUGGCGCGAUAGGUCGCAUCGUACGUUGUGCGGUGCGGAUGCCUCCUUCGUAUGCAAAUACCGCGACGUCGUUUUUCUUGGAUAAACGCCGAUCGCCAUCGAGCUCUCGUACGGCCGGCCGACUCCGUCGCCGGAAGUUAUUGUCGCGCGCACCAAGAAGCGUAAUAUGAGAUCCCGAAUAGUUUUGUUAGGAGUUUUGCUCAUCUGCACAAGCAUUCAAUAUGCAGAUAGCAGAUCGAAGAAAACGACGCAGCUGUCGUUGCAGAGUAAAGAAACUAACGUGGUGAAUUUUAUGCGGCUUUUAGUGAUGAGAUUGGUCUUUGGAGUAGCUUCGGCAAUGGGGUUGGGUGAAAAUCUCUCAGGUGUACUUGGUGGAAUUUUCGUGCCUCCUGGAGCCGAAGAGUACAAUGAAGAUUACGGAGAUGAUGAUUUGAUUGUACCUGAUAUUUUUUGAAGUAGAUAUCUUUCAAUCUAAUCGCGCAAUUUUGUACUUAACAACUGCAUUUCAGGAAUUUUGUCGAAAUGAAAGAUAUACUUUUAAAUAUUACCUCAAAAAAAAUGGCUUGCAAUACAAAUUGUAACAUUUCUUUAAUUUUAUAUCCGAAUUAACAAAAUUUAGACAAUAUAAUUUUGAAAUGCAUGUUGCAAAGAACUACAUUCUGUUUUAUAUUUUAUUAAUGAGACUUGUGUGUGUGUGUGUGUGUGUGUGUGUGUGUGUGUACAUAUAUAAUACACACACACAUACACACACAC